AUGCAAGAAAGAAGAGACCUUGAAGUGGGUAAUGUUAUUGAAGAACAGGCAAAAACGAACCAGCACCUUCGUAAGCUGAAGGAAGAGCAUACGAAGUUUUUGGAAGAAUUUAUUGACAAUAACCCGGGAGUCACGCUAGAUCAAAUGGCUGACGCCCUCAAUGAUAAACUUGAAGGCUUUAGUAUUUCUAAAUCCGGCGUGGAUAAGCACAUGAAAGAAAGCUGUUCUUACACAUUAAAGAGAAUUACAAAGAUUCCUGCCAAACGAAGCUCUCCUAACGUUAUUGAAGAUUUAGAGCUGUUGAGGCAUGGAUUAAAAACUCUAACAUCAGUUUUAUGCAAAACUGUAUUUUCAUUGAUGGAUUUGGGCUCAAUCUUCAUACUAUAAGAAGCCAGUGCAGAUUAAAGAAAGAUGAGCCUGCAAAAGCUGUAGUAGCAACCACCAAGAGACCAUCAAUUUCCAUACUAGGUGCAAUUUAUUCCCUUGGUGUUGUUAAUGGUGGACCCAAGGUAACAAAGCAUCUAAUUUUUACAACAUGCCCACCGAAGACGUGCAUACCAGCUAUACAACAGAGGAUG